GGGACUGUCUAACGAUGCAAUGAACUUGUAGCAGUGUGUUUUGUUGUGGAAAGAACUAUCGGAAUCCAUUUUGAUCUGGCUACUGUGUUAAGAACAUGGUUGUGAAAAAUAUGCACAGACCCUUUGCUUUACUGUUGUUGGAUGUUGCUAUCCUGUGCAGGGUUUUUGUUGCAACAACCAGACCAAAUAUUAUUCUCAUUGUUGCUGAUGAUUUGGGUUACAAUGAUGUGAGCUUUCAUGGAUCCAACCAAAUCCCAACCCCCAACAUAGACAGUCUAGCCUAUGGAGGGAUUAUUCUCAACAACUACUAUGUGUCCCCUAUUUGUACCCCAACUCGUGGGGCCCUCAUGACAGGCAGACAUCCUAUACAGACAGGUCUCCAGUCUGGAGUGAUAGUGGCUUCUCAGCCCUAUGGACUGCCACUGAAUGAGACCAUCAUGCCUCAGUUCUUCCAGAAACUUGGCUACAGGAGACAUAUGGUGGGCAAGUGGCACCUUGGAUUCCACAAGAAAGAGUUUACCCCAAUGUACAGAGGCUUUGAGACUCACUAUGGAUAUUAUCUGGGCUGUGGAGAUUACUAUGAUCACACCUCAGAAGCCAAUGAGGAAUAUUUUGGGUUUGACUUUAUGAGAAACACUACCGUGGACUUUACAGGAAUUGGCCAGUACUCAACAGAACUGUUCAGACAAGAAGCCAACACUAUCAUACAGAAACAUAACACAUCAGAGCCCCUGUUUCUGUACCUGCCUUUCCAAGCUGUUCACAGUGGCAACCUUCCUAGUGGAAAGAGUCUUCAAGCACCAACAAAAUACAUCAAAAGAUUCCCUCAUAUAAAAAAUACAGAGAGAAAGACAUAUGCAGCAAUGGUGUCUGCUCUAGAUGAUGCUGUUGGAUCAAUUGUGCAAACACUGAAAGACAAAAAUAUGUAUAGCAAUUCUAUUAUUGUCUUUACAACAGACAAUGGGGGACCUGCUAAUGGAUUUGAUGGCAAUGCUGCCAGCAAUUUUCCUCUGAGAGGAGUUAAAGCCACACUGUGGGAAGGAGGAGUUCGAGGAGUUGGCUUCAUUUCCAGUCCUUUACUCCAGACCAAAGGCUACGUAUCCAAUCAGAUGAUUCACGUCACAGACUGGCUACCUACCCUCUACACAGCUGCUGGUGGUAAGGCAUCAGAUCUUCACAAUCUGUAUGGCAUUGAUCAGUGGGGGGUGCUGCAGACCAAUGGCAAGCCGGUCAGGACUGAAAUUCUCCACAACAUUGACCCAAUGGACAAAACUGAAGCUAUCAGAGUUGGAGAUUACAAACUAUUACACGGACCUAUUACUGGAUAUUGGGAUGGCUGGUAUCCCCCAUAUCAAUUGUCUGAAAAAUUGAGUUAUGACAAAAUGCAGAUGAGUGUAUAUAAACACACCAACAGGAGUGAACUAGGUAUUUUACAGGAAACUGGCAAACCAGUGACAAUACAAUGCGGUCCUAAGCCUGCCAAUGCCAGCACAAAUUGUCAAGCCAAUAAAGUGCCAUGUUUGUACCAUAUUCCAUCGGAUCCUUGUGAGUACAAUAACAUAGCAAGCAGCCAUAUGGAUAUUGUAACAAAACUGUUGGCUAAAAUUGUGGAGUACAAGAGCACAAUGAUGGUACCCCCUGGAAAUAAACCAUUUGACCCAGCUGGAAAUCCACGAGUCAAUGGAGGCAUAUGGAGGCCAUGGCUGGACUAACUGACAGGCAUGCCCACUUAAGAGGGUUUUUUUUAGCAUAGAAGAUAUAUUUUUGUAUGCUUUUUUUUUUUUAAAACAUAUACAUUCCUAGAUCAACUAUUUCAAUGCAGCUUUAAGCAAUAGUAAUUUCAUAGUAGAUUCUGAAACUGUAGAAUGCAGAUUCAGAAACAAAUUUUGAUCAAAGGUCUGGCUAAUUCAAUUGUUUGGAAUCUGUCAGUUCUUAAAAUAGGUAAUAGAAUGACUGACCAAUUUUUGGUAGCCAUAUGAACUUAAAUUCAAAAAUCAAAAGUGAUUGACUGAAAUGUUCGUUCCUUAACUUUCAUCAAAUGUCAUUCACAGGUUAGACUUGUCAAGCUGAUGAUCUUUAUUUAUUGAAUUUUCAUUACAGAGAGUCAUAGAUCAGUAGUUACAUUGUUACUGUAAACUCUUAAUUAAACAAUUAUUCAAUGUAUCCACCUAAAAUCUUGAGAAGUAUUUCUCACAUUUUAAAAAAAUCUUGCGAGUUUAGCGAUUGCGAUUUUAUUUUCUAGUACUUGCAUAAAAUAAGGAAUCUACCGUUAACCUUAUCAGAUAUUAUCAGACCAAUACCUCAAAAGCCUUAUGUCACAUACCAGUCACAAUUUCCUAAUUGUUUCUGAUUUUCAGAAUAAAAAUCAGCAGGUUUACAGGUGUUCAAAUAUCAUCACAAACCAAAAUGAUGUUAGGUAGCAUAUCGGUUUAUAUAUAUGCUUAAUACAAGUUUGACUGUACAUGCAUGAAAUAUCAAGUUCAUAUUUGGAUUGUUUACAAUACAGGGAUGGAUUUAUUCUGCUGGUACCAAAUAUCAGGCUGGUGCAUAUAAUAUAUUGUUUGUCUUUCUUCUGUCCUUUACACUUUGAAUUUCAUGAAUGAAAUGUUUAGCUCAGUUUCAAAUAAACUAUUCAAGAUGGUUCACCUUGCUUUUGCAACCACUGGUAGCUUAUUUUCAUCAAAGACAUUCAGCUAAAGAUUUUUACAUUAUCAAAGUUCAAAUUUGAAUAGUGCAAUUUGUCUAUGAUUGUAUAACAAUAUUCUGAACCUUCUCUAAGACCUUGAUUCUAUUUUCCUUUUUUAUUUUUUUUUUCAUGUUUAGCCUAGUUUGUAACUUAAAGUUCAAGAUUUUUAAUUCAAUUUUCAAACAAAAAUACAUAAUGGUAA